CUACGAUUUUCACUACGGCGCCCGGCCAAUUGAGUAUUUUGUUUAAAAUUGAAUACAAAUUUCAACAAAACGCUCAAUACACGGCCGGGCGCCGGCCGAUGGAUCGGGGCAAUUGUGACCGCAGGGAUUAAAGGUUUCCACAACGAUUAUGCGAAACGAAUAGCCCCUCAUGCAUGAAAACCCGAGCUCUCUUUCCUGGAAUCUGAUUAAUAUCCAUUGAAAAGAAAGAUCAGCGACGAAGGGGCUUCAUUUUCCAGACGAGAUUCGACACUGGACCAGCGUGGCUUUAUAUCGACGACCGAUUAAGAUGUUGAUAUACGUAGUAGCAGUAGUGAUACUUGCAACUUCACAACAUUGCCUGGCAGGAUCAUGUAACGGAGGAAUAGCGAUCCCUUGGAACGGCGAAAUAGAGUGUAUUUGUCCUCCACAUAAACAAGGAAAAUAUUGUGUAGAAGAUGUCCCAGGCGUAGAAAUAUGUAACUCUUCGUGGCCUGAGAUCCAAAAUGCGUGUGCAUCAAAUCCUUGUUAUGGGGGAGAGUGCAUAAAUCUCUUCGGAGGGAACUAUAAAUGUUUCUGUAAAAGCGGAAUCACAGGUGCUCGAUGCUCGGAAGGUACCCAUUGUUUCACAUGUCAGAGUAUGAAUAGAAUAAAUACUACAUGUGCGAUAUUCGACAAUGCUCCACACCUCAGAAACCUCAAUUUUCACUCCGCAGUUCUGAAGCAGAAGAAAUCAAGAGCGGAUUGUACAGGAAAUUGGGGAAUACAAUACAGCGAAGGAAUCUUAUGGACAGCAUCUGGAUGUCGUGGGACAUUCUGCAUCAACUUUAAUGAAACUGUUGUACGAGACUGUAAUGAUCAACUAGAUGGUAAUGUACUCAUUACAACAAUGGACGAUACAGUCUUCCAAACGCAAUGUCUCAACGGUUGGCUUGUUUUCGCCAAGAGGUUUGAUGGGUCGGUUGACUUCUACAGAAACUGGGAAGAUUACAAAAGCGGAUUUGGAGACGUUGACGGGGAAUAUUUCUUGGGAUUUAAUCAUAUAUUGUCCGUUUUAAAGCAUGGAAGUUAUCAACUCCGUAUUGAGCUUACUACUUGGCCGGAUCAAGGAAGUGUUACAAAAUAUGCAGAGUACAGUACGCUCGAUCUGGCAGGAGAGAGUGAGCAAUUCAGAAUCACUGUGUCGGGAUAUUCUGGAACAGCAGGCGAUAGCAUGUGGUACAACAACAACAUGAAGUUUAGUACGAGGGACCAAGACCAUGAUACAAGGAGUAGUGGUAACUGUGCCACCCAGAGGUUGGGAGCAUGGUGGCAUAAAAGCUGCACAUAUGCUCACCUAUAUGGACCUUACAUGUCUUCAUCACGAUGUGAUGUGAGACUUAAAUGCAUGUAUUGGCAUCGGUGGCCACAAAGGAUAGGUAGUCCAGAUAAUUAUGCCUACUCAUUUAGAGAAAUGAGGAUGAUGAUAAGAAGAGUUUGAGCUUUUAUUCCAUGAAAAGAACGUUUAUCUACGA